AUGUCAACCAAAUCAAAGGCCUCGGAUGUAUGGAAAAACACGGUGUUGAAGUGGAGGAGCGUAUCCCCCAAGAAACAGAAGAUCGCCUAUGUCGCUGGUAGUACUACUAUCGCGGUUCUUGGUUUGCUGCUAGGGGGCAGAAACACAGUGCAUGAGCCAGCUGAUGCACAUGAUGUGGAGGCUCUCUCCAGGAUCCCUUUCAGCAAGCUGUUCACCGGAUGGAUGGCCUUCACAUUUUGUUCCUCGCCAACCUGGGUUGAUAUGAGUGAGACCCUCUACAACAUCUUAUCCAAAAUACCCAUCGUCUCUUCCGUCACCCAUUUCUUCGUCAUGAAUAUUUUUUUUAGUCAAUUCCUUGGCGGGGAAACAACGGACGAUUGCAUCCCCAAGAUCCAAGACCUCCGCAAGGGCCACAUCGGCACCUUGCUCGGUUACAAUAUUGAAGCCGAGCUGGACGGGACGAGUAAGAAUCCCGAGUUGAUUCGAGCUCAGGUGGAGCGUGUCAUGGAGUCUAUCGAUGCCCAGGGCCAACUGGGCCGGAAUUUCUACCCCGAUACAAGUGCAACGGGCGGCGAUAACCGAUCGUGGGUGAGAAUCAAAGUGACUGGGCUGCUGCCGCAGCCCAUCGCCCUUCUGCAUGGUUCCGAUGCGAUUUUGACAGCAAGAGAAUCAAAGGGUUUAGACAUAGAUGUGCCAUACCCGGGACUACCUCACGAUGGUGAUUGGGAGGCCGCAUUGAACGGCAAGCAGGUCACGCCGGCUGAUCGCCAGCAACUCCUCGAACUAUAUGCCACGCUGGACAGAAUUAUGGCAAAAGCACGUGAGCAGAAUGUACGGGUUGUCAUUGACGCGGAACAGACCUGGUAUCAACCCAUCAUUGACAGCUUGACGGAUGAACUCAUGCAGAAAUACAAUACCCUCGACGGGCCUGCGAUCUGUGUGGCUUCGUUUCAGGCGUAUCUCCGUCGAUACCCGCAACUUCUGGAUCAGCAGGUGCUUCGAGCGCAGGAGAAGGGGUACAAACUGCUUUUCAAACAGGUUCGGGGGGCCUAUAUCAAGACAGAGGGAGAGCGGUGGGCGAAGGAGGGCCGGAAAGGCCCUGGGCCAGUGUGGGGAAGCAAGGCAGAGACGGAUGCCAGCUUCAACUAUGGUAUCGCGAAGACGCUUGCUACUGUGAGUUCGCAGAUUCAGGAGACCGGCCACUCGCAGAUUGGCGCUGUAUUCGCGACACACAACUCCACGAGCGUGGACCUCGGGAUCCGACUGCUUGAGGAGCAUGGAUUGGCAAAGCGCAGAAACAGCGACGGCAGACUCAUUGUCUCGAAUGAGGCGGCUGGAAGCAUAUCUUUUGGGCAAAUUUAUGGAAUGAAAGACGACCUCACCAACAAGAUUGCCGGUUCAAUAGCUACUAUCGAUGGAUUCCCUCUUGUAAUCAAGUCCAUGAGCUAUGGGGAUUUGAAAGAAUGCUUGCCCUUCUUGGCCCGAAGAGCCACGGAAAAUAAGGCCAUUCUAGAGGGCAGAGGGGGUGCCAGUGCUGAGAGGAUCCGGUUGAGUCGUGAAAUGCGUAGACGCUUGCUGUGGUGGACUUCAUACUAG